AAAUUAUUCUGCUUGAGCACGUGACUAGUCUAUAGACGAUCUUUUCCAGAAUUGUUAGAAAAGUAGGCGUCACUUUAAUAACUGUGUGUGUGUUUUGAGUGUUUAUCCUCUGUCUAGAAUGGCCAGUGAAGUCAACAAAGUCGAUCUGAGCUUAGAUGAGAUAAUAAAAUUGUCUAAGAAAGGUCGUGGUCGUGGUCGUGGUGGAAUGGCCAAAGGAGGGACAAGGGGAAGGGGAGUUGGUCGAGGAAGAGGGGGUGCUUCAAAUCGCCAACAACCUAAUGUAGGAGGAGCUAAUACUAGGGCUGGGGGUGCCGCUGUUACUAGGCUACGAGCCAAUGCCCAGACCAGAGCUCAGCAGUUGCGUCAGAAAGCCAGACAAACAGUCCAACAGAAGAGGAGACAAGCCUCAGGGAUGAAAUCCGAGCAAACAGUGUCUAGCGUGAAACAGAGACUGGGAACCACACCUACACAGGGAAGAGGGCGUGGUGCUAGAGGGAGAGGAGCUGUUGCCAGUGGUAGGGGGCGUGGUAGAGGAAUUACUCAGGCAUCGAUUGCCCAAGGAAGAAUAAAAAUAUUGGGAGGGGCCAAGGUGAUUGGACGAGGGAGACGUGGGGGGAGAAAAGGAAAGUAUAAUGUGUCCACCAUCAAGAACCAACUCAAACAAGCUGCUCAACAAGCUGCUCAGGAAUCAACUACUCCCACCAGGGGGCGUGGUGGAAGGAGAGGGAGGGGACGAGGUCAGGUGUCUAACAGACAGUUGCAGGUUGCCAUACAACCAGAGUUGGAGCCGACUGGUGUUGAUCUGGAUCCAUUCGUAGCUGCUGAACAACAUACAACCAGAUCACUGAAUGCUCGGUUCACUCCUCAGUCAAACAAGAAGCUCCCCAGACACAUCACACAAGGCAACCGUGCAGUUAACUAUCAGUAGCAACUGUUUUAGCUCACAUCUUGUACAUGUACUUCUUUGUUGGCAAAGUUCUACAGCCCGUUAAUAAAUUCUCUGUAUUCUCUAUUGCUUUACUGUCAUGCAAGAAGCUGCAUGUGAGAUCUUCUCUUUAAAAACACA